AAACACACCAUCAUGUAUGUAUAUAAUAUUUAUAUAUGAGCCCGAGGAAUAUUGAAGAUGUCAAAGCUUGACCUAACAGGAAACUCAUCGGAAAUGAGAAACAACAACUAAUCUUCCUUCACGAUCAUAUGAGUUUCGUCAACCUUAAUCCUUCAUAGUUGUACAGCCAUCUGUCUGUCUCUCUAUAAAUAUAGUCAUUAAUCCAACUAUCCAAGUCAUCUGUAUCUACGAAAUCGAACCUCAAUCGAUCAUCUGAACAAAUCACCAAAUUAACAUGUCUCUAAGACCAAGUAGAGCAACUCCGGUAUCAGAUACAAGCAGCGACGAUGAGGAUAAUAGGCAACCUGUAAAGGUGGUUCAGGACAACAAUCAAGCUUCUUCCAUAUCACAACGCGCCAUCUCUCAAACUCUAACCAGCACAGCCAACCUCGCAAACCUGCUCCCCACGGGGACCCUUCUGGCUUUCCAACUCCUCAUACCAGUCUUCACCAACAACGGCUCCUGCGACGCCGCCACUCGGCCCAUGACCUUGUUCCUGUUGCUCCUCUUCGCCCUCUCCUGCUUCCUCGCCUCCUUCACUGACAGCGUCAAGGCCUCUAACGGACAGGUGUACUACGGCAUGGCCACUCGCAAAGGCCUCUUUGUGUUUGACUCGUCCGCAAUUGCAGCAGCUGGUGCUGCUCUACCAGAUUUGAUCAAGUACAGGCUGAGCUUCAUUGAUUUUGUUCAUGCUUUUCUCUCCGUCUUGGUGUUUGGUGCUGUGGCUUUCAGGGACAAGAACGUCGUGGGCUGCUUAUAUCCCAUGCCUGGUCAUGAAACUCAGGAGGUUCUGGACAUUGUUCCCAUUGGUGUUGGCCUCCUUUGUAGUCUGCUGUUCGUUGUUUUCCCCACCACAAGACAUGGCAUUGGUUACCCACUCUCAUCUGGCAACCCGUAAUAUCUCUAGCUCUUUUUUCUUUUCUUUUUUCUGGUACACUUUCUAGGUCUGGUUGUCCCUCUCUUUGUACAUGUGACUUGCAGCUGAAUAAAUUAGUUACGUACACGUUAUGUUGCA